UAACCACUGAAUAGAACGCGACGGUAGUGUAGAAGGAAUAUCUUUGGAAGCUGUUUGCUGGACUACAACAACAUUGAUUUGACAGCUAACGUUAGUCAGCACCUGCAAAUAUGGCAGAAGUCGAAGAGACACUAAAGAGAAUUCAAACUCACAAAGGUGUAAUUGGAACAAUAGUUGUUAAUGCCGAGGGUAUUUCAAUCAGAACUACCUUAGACAACUCCACCACGGUGCAGUAUGCUGGCCUGCUACACCAGCUCACUAUGAAAGCCAGAAGCACAGUCCGAGACAUCGACCCUCAGAACGACCUGACCUUCCUCCGCAUCCGCUCCAAGAAGCAUGAGAUCAUGGUGGCACCUGACAAGGAGUAUCUAUUGAUAGUCAUCCAGAACCCCAGUGAAUAGCCCCAGGAGGUUCCUGUGAGAGUCAGGCUGUAGCUCCUCACACACUGAUCUUUGUCUCUUAAGAAUAUAUGUUUUGUUAAACUGGACCACAUAUUUUGCUUUGUGCAUUUUCUCCUUUUUCCACUCUGCAAUGUUUCCUUAUUCUAUUCAUUCUCCUUCUUAGCCAUUGUCAUUAAUAAAUAAAAAAUUGAAGAAACAAGGACAUCAUAACAAUA